GAACAAACGCAGUGAUAAUUUGUGUUUUCCUCAUCCCACGGCUGUUCAAACCUUGAUAUUUCAUAGUUCAUAUUUCAACCUUCUCUAUUGAAAUCUCCCCCCCUCUAACCCACAAAAUCAUAUGACUUACAUCACAUGACUUUAUCUUGACACUGACACUGACAGGAAACAUCCUGCUGACAUCGUUGACAUCGGUCGCGAAACCCUUUGUGCAGGACUCCACUCCCACCCCAGCCGUCAUCUGAUUGGCCAUCACCACAAGUCUUACACUCCCCCGUCAGCGCGGUCCUAAAAUACAUUUCGUGGUUACGAGGCCCUCAAUCUUCUCCUUUUCAGCUCUUUCCCAUACUUUCUCUCCAACUGCCGGUCAUCUGUUUGCCAUUUAUCCUGUCGUCACGAUAUGGGAUUAUAGCAGUCUCGGAGUUCUCCUCGCCGUUUACACAGCUGCAUCCUCCUCAAAAGGGCCUCACCCUCGGACCCAUCGGCGGUGAUUGACUCUGAAACGAAAACUGUCCGCGAGGCUGCCUCGAUUCAUACACAUCAACCUUCAUAACCCACGACCUCACACAUCACAAUGCGCGGAGCCUCUAUAAUUGCGGCUGUGGCCACGGCCCUGCUCCUUCCCCUCGCGUCCGCCAUACCCCAAAUAACCGCCAUUCCCACCGUUGCUCCUCGUCGCGCUCAAGAGGGCGCAGUGACCAUUGCAACCGUCCCGGUCGUCACUGCCUUGGCCCAGGAAGCCACUUCCCUCACCUGCCUCAAGACCGAGAUAAUCGACACAACCGAGUGUGCGACCUACACCAACGAGGCCGGCUCGCCGACAUCCACACAGUGCCAGCCCACUACCACCGAAUCGAUCGGCUGCAAUGACGGCCUCAUCUGCUCCAAGGACUCCAAGGGCCUCACCCUCUGCAUGAAGUCCCAACCCCCUGACCUCGCCGGCAUCAUUGUCUCUGGCUGCCUCUCCGCCGCCUUCUGCGCCAUGUUCGGCUCCGUCCUCUUCAUGUGCUGCCGCACCCGCUCCCGCAACCGCCUCGCCGAGAAGCAACGUGAGGCUAUGCUCAUCGCCAGCGGCUCCAAGCUCGGCGCCUCAGCCAGUGAGGCGCACCUCCCGCUCAUGCAGCCGCAGGUCGCGCAAGCAGGGCAUGGUCGCGACGUCUCUGCUGAUUACGGCGCCCCGAGAGGGUAUGGCAGGCCUAACUCGCGCCGGGCGUCGCCGAGUGGGAGUCCGUUCCGGGAUGUGUCAGCCAGCCGUGGUUCCAAUGUUUUGACGAAGUCGCCACCGCCAGGGUCGGGAGACGUGGGGUUGAACACUGAGGCGAGGAACCCGUUGAAUAUGGAUGAUAACGAUAUUGGGUACAACAGGCACUCUUGAGUGGGUGGCUGAGAGGCUGCGAGGGGGUUGGGAUAUUAGAGGGGUGUAUAUGAAUUCGGGAUAUUUUUGCUAGAGGAAGUGGAACUGCUGCGGCCUUCCAUUUGAGCGCAUCAGGGGGGUUUUUGUUUGCUAUAUGGAGGUUAUUUCUAUACCACGUGGAAUCCAAAAUCGCCUUGUGCCAACGAGGGUACAGUCUGAGAAACUAAUGUGUGCUCAAUGAUAUAUCCACACUUCAAUUUUCAUUGUUAUUGAAUUGCUGUUUCGUUCUACCUCGCCCUUGAACACUUUCUAGGGAAGCUACUCUUACACGUCAAAUCAUCUUCCCAACCCAACCCCACAGCCAAGACUUACCCCACGACCAGCAUAAACAUCCCUUACAUCCCGCCGCUACUGCACCACCACUUCUUGCUAAUCAGCCGCCCCCCUUCCCCUCUAAUACUCCCGUCGCUCCGAUGUCUACGGCGAUUUCGUGGGCUUAGAGGCGGUGCCACUGGCCUCAAUGGUCGCCACGUCGGAUAUCAACGGUAACGUAGAGUCCAUUCCCUGAGUCUGAGAUUAAACCUUUGGCUAGGACACAGAUGAAUGACUACAGUGGACAAGAUGGUUGUCAAUUGGAUCCAGAUCCGGCUGCAGAGCAACUCCGAGUACCGGACCGACAACAUCCGUUUCUGGUACUACGUCAAGCCUUGAGAUAUUCGCCAUACUUGCUGCUUUUCCUUGCCUUUGUGGAGCGGGAGAGAGGAGGAGGCUUCCAUUCUCGUCAAGAAAUUGACAAACGUAAUCUAUGUCGGUGACAGCAGGUUUUGGUGGUGGCUUGGGGGCUGUGGAUAUAGCGUGGAAUUAUGAUAACAUAGACUGCCUACAUCCACACCUUGAUGGCUGGAUGUCUUCGGAUGACAUGUGCAUCUAGGGAUCCAACAAAUACGGUCUACCAUGUGCUUCUAUCACCAGUCAUAGUUCCAACACUCUAGUGGCGAAG